CGUGCGUCAAGCAUAAUUUCGGGACUCGCACACGGUGACGGAUCUAAAGAAAAAAGACUGCAAGCGUAAGAAGGCAAGAUUGAUUUAAGCACGGGCUGAGUUUUGUAUGUAAAUAAAAUUCAAGAUCUGCAAAUACGCAACAAUGUUGUAAAAAUUUAAAGGCAACUGUAUUAUAAUAUCGUAUGCGUCGUGAAUGUUGAAUGUAAUUUGUGCUUCAAAUUUUGAUGAUAAAUUUUGCUUGUGUGUAAAUGUGUUCGACUUUGAGCAUUCGUAACAACGCAUACAUAUGCGUUUAUGCUAGUGUGAGUAAAAACCGAAACGCAAGCGACUCAACAAACGGCGACAGCGAUUCGAAGCCGCCGACGCAGCAGCUGAGCUAAAGAGACGAUAUUACAUACAUUCUCACGCACACACUUUUACUUGCGUACGUAAAAUAAAGAGAAGCGCAGAUAAAGCCACCAUUUUUUAGUGACGAAGAAGAGAGCAAGGCGCAUGCAAGUAGUCCGCGCCUUUGGAUACAAAUAGAGGCAUUUCAAUUAUUUUUGUGUGGAAAUAACUGUAAACAUAAUAUCUUAAAAUGGCCAGUUUUCAAAUACAUCGUGACAAUACUGAAAAGGAGAAUCCCGGCAUGCCGAGUCUAAAAGAAAAGUCAUCGCUUCUUCAUGGAGCUGGUGGCAAGCAACCGCUCGCUGUAAUUGGUGGCAAGGAGAAGGCUCUGGCACCUCGCGCCAAUUUAGUUGUGCUGAAUACCAACAAUAACCAUGGCAAUGUGCAACGCGGCAACCCCGUGCCGUCCGCUAAAAUGGGUUUUCGCGAAGUUGCCAAGGUAAAAGUAGAUGAAAAUGCCUGUUUUGGCGCCACCAAGAAAUCAAACGUUGUGCCCGUGGUGGAGCAAUUCAAGACAUUCUCCGUCUACGAGGACAACAACCAUACUCAGGUGCAGUUGCAAAUCGGGAGCAAGGUACUUUCCAACGUAGCCGACAAAGAGAAUAUAAAGGGUGUCGAUCAAAAUCUCGAUCAAGUGCGCAAGGAGUUCGCCAUAGAUCAUGCCUACAAUUUGGAUGGAACUCCCAUGUCCGUCACCGAUGUGCAAUCGCCCAUGUCCGUGGACCGUUCCAUGGCAGAAACUAGCAUCAUUAGCGCCGAGAUAACUGACAACAGCCAGGUCGAGGACAUGGCUGAUCUCAAAAGUGAUGCAAAUAUAUCACUCAUGGAAAAUAUUGUUUUGCCGCGCAACGAUCGUCAGCGCUUCUAUGAGGUGGUCCAAUAUCAACACGAUAUAUUGGAAAAUUUCCGCGAGAGCGAAAAAAAACAUCGCCCGAAGCCUCAAUAUAUGCGUCGCCAGACUGACAUCAACCACUCGAUGCGCACCAUUCUGGUUGAUUGGCUGGUUGAGGUAGCCGAGGAAUACAAACUGGACACUGAGACAUUGUACUUGUCUGUCUCAUACUUGGAUCGCUUCCUCAGCCAGAUGUCGGUGAAGCGUGCCAAGCUUCAAUUGGUGGGCACUGCAGCCAUGUACAUUGCAUCCAAAUAUGAAGAGAUCUAUCCACCAGAUGUUGGCGAGUUUGUCUUUCUCACUGACGACAGUUACACUAAGGCUCAAGUGUUACGCAUGGAGAAUGUGUUUCUUAAGAUUCUAUCCUUCAACUUGUGCACGCCCACGCCAUACGUCUUUAUCAACACAUAUGCCGUGCUCUGCGAUAUGCCCGAGAAGCUAAAGUACAUGACUUUGUACAUUUGUGAGCUGUCGCUUCUGGAGGGAGAAUCGUAUAUGCAAUAUUUGCCCUCACUCAUUUCGGCCGCUUCGCUGGCAUUUGCACGUCACAUUCUAGGAUUGCCGAUGUGGACGGCUCAACUGGAGGAGAUAACCACAUACUCAUUGGACCAAUUGAAGCAUGUGAUUGUGCCGCUGUGCAAGACUCACAAGGCGGCCAGAGAGCUAAGCACGCAGGCCAUACGGGAAAAGUACAAUAGGGACAAGUACAAGAAGGUGGCUAGUAUUCAGCCAAUAGAACUGAGCCAAUCGGAAAUGGAAAAAAUUGUACAGGAUUAUAAGGCGGCCAGCAAAUGCCAGGCAGAGGAGCAGCAGCCGGACAACGAUAUGAAAUCUAAAGUCAAUUUGUUUUAUAAGUUUUAAGUGUUUUUUACAUCCAGCAUCAAGCCAUGAUCAAAUUGUAUUGUAGUUUAGAGUUUUCAAUGUAUCCCCUCCCUCUAGUAGUAGUUUUAUUCGUUGUAAGUGUAAGUACGAUGCAUUAAGGUUUUUGUGCCAGCUGACCGCUGACUUGGGCGUACGCGGCAUAAUACGAGCACUGCCAACAAUAGCAGCAAUAGCCACAUAACUCCAAUUAAACAUCCAUCGUACACUGGCAAGCUACUGGACAUUUGUAUAUGCUAAGAGGCCAUAUAUAAGAAAGCGGAGCUACAACCAUAAGGAAGAUGAGCUAGUGCGAUCCACGUUCAAAGCGUGCGCUGUAGCAAAUCACAAACAUAUAUGGAUUGUUUGAGACAGAGAAAGUGAGAGAGAGAGAGAGCACCACAAGAUGAACCGAGGUAAAAAAGAAAGAUGAAGCGUAAAGACAAUCCUUAGGCUACUUAUACAAUUUUUAAGUUAUUGAGUUCAUUAUUUGUUCAAUGUCGUAUUUUUUAUUUCUUACGUAUUUAUAUAUAACCAGAUAUGUAUGUUUACAAUAUGUCAAUCAAACAAAUCGGCCCGAAAACUAAAACAAAAAAUAACAUAAAAUAUUUAUGCUA